GAAAUGGAUUCCCAGGAGAUCAAAGAGCUGGAGCAAGAAGUGAUGGAGGAGCUGGGAAUCUCCAUGGAGGAGCUCCAAGAUAUCAUUGACAAAGAGCUGGAGAAGUUUGAGUGCGUGAAGCAGAGGAAGCAGCAGCUGGAGGAGCUGGAGAAGUGUGUGAAGCAGAAAGAAGAGGAGGUGGCUCGUGUUGACCGGCUCUUCGAUGACGCUUCGAGAGCCAUUGAUAAAUGUGAGAUCCUGGUGAAGGAUCUGUACUCCACGCUGGGCCUCCAGUACCGUGAGAGCAGCUCUGAGGAUGAGGACUCGGCUGCCAAACCCAUGGAAGUGAUUGAGAUCCCAGAUGAGGACGAUGAUGAUGUCAUGAGCAUCGAUUCGGGCUGGAAGCACAGUUCACUGCGGGAAGCCAUGGCUGCGAUGAGAAAGUCCGCCCAGGAUGUUCAGAAAUUUAUGGAUGCUGUGAACAAGAAAACAAAUGCCCAGGAUGCACAGAAAGGUCAGUGUCCCGCUGGCCCUGCGGCGGCUGGGAGUGAUCUCAGCAAUGACGGUGACCUGAAUGUUGGCAUGAGGAUCCUGGGCAAGAAAAGAACCAAAACGUGGCACAAAGGAACUCUGAUUGCAAUCCAGACGGUCGGUGCUGGGAAGAAGUACAAAGUGAAAUUUGAUAACAAAGGGAAGAGUUUGCUUUCUGGCAAUCACAUCGCUUACGACUAUCACCCCUCACCCGAGAAACACUACGUUGGCAGCAGGGUUGUGGCAAAAUACAAAGAUGGAAAUCAGGUUUGGCUGUACGCUGGCAUUGUGGCUGAAACCCCCAACGUCAAGAAUAAAGACAGGUUCCUGAUCUUCUUUGACGAUGGUUACGCUUCGUAUGUGAAGGAGUGGGAGCUGUACCCGAUCUGCCGGCCACUGCAAAAGACCUGGGAAGACAUAGAGGAUGUUUCCUGUCGUGAUUUCAUUGAGGAGUACAUCACCGCCUACCCCAACCGCCCCAUGGUGCUGCUGAAGAAUGGCCAGCUGAUCAAAACUGAGUGGGAAGGGACCUGGUGGAAAUCCAGAGUGGAAGAAGUGGAUGGCAGCCUGGUCAAAAUCCUUUUCCUGGAUGACAAACGCUGUGAGUGGAUUUACAGGGGUUCCACACGCCUGGAGCCCAUGUUCAGCAUGAAAACUUCCACAGCCUCCACCCAAGAAAAGAAACAGAGUGGACAAGCAAGGACUCGUCCCAACGUUGGUGCUGUCAGGAGCAAAGGGCCUGUUGUACAAUACACACAAGAUUUAACAGGAGCUGGUACCCAGUACAAACCUUUAGAGCAAAUGCAGCCAACAGCAUCUAAGAAACCCCCACCUGCCCCAAGCCUGGCGUCUCAGGAGGGAUGCUCCGACAGUCAGCUGGCCCAGUCAAGAAAGCAAGUGGCCAAAAAAAGUACUUCCUUCCGUCCUGGCUCCGUGGGCUCUGGGCAGUCGUCACCUUCUUCACCUGUCCUCAGUGACACACCUCCAGCGGGAAGGACCGGUGCAUCCCAGCAGCAUCGGUUGUCCAGUGGCCAGACAGGCAGUGGCACAACACAGGCCUUCCAUGGCAUGAUGGACCGAGUGCCCAAUGAGCCCUCUUACCGAGCUCCCCUGGAGAAACUCUUCUACCUGCCACAUGUCUGCAGCUACACCUGCCUGUCCCGCGUCCGUCCCAUCCACAGCGACCAGUACCGCAGCAAGAACCCCCUCCUCAUCCCCCUGCUCUACGACUUCCGGAGGAUGACCGCCCGCCGACGGGUCAACCGCAAGAUGGGCUUCCAUGUCCUCUACAAGACGCCGUGCGGGUUGUGCCUGCGAACCAUGCAGGAGAUCGAGCGCUACCUCUUUGAGACAGAUUGUGAUUUCCUUUUCCUGGAGAUGUUCUGCCUGGAUCCAUACGUGCUGGUAGAUCGCAAGUUCCAACCCUACAAACCUUACUAUUACAUCGCAGAUAUUACCAAGGGUAAGGAGGACGUGCCGCUGUCCUGUGUCAACGAGAUCGAUAACACCCCACCUCCCCAGGUGGCCUACAGCAAAGAACGCAUCCCCGGCAAAGGCGUUUACAUCAACACCAGCUGGGAGUUCCUGGUGGGCUGCGACUGCAAAGACGGCUGCAGAGACAAGUCGAAAUGUGCCUGUCACCAGCUGACAGUCCAAGCCACUGGCUGCACCCCAGGUGGGCAGAUCAACCCCAACUCAGGAUACCAGCACAAAAGGCUGGAAGAAUGUCUCCCCACAGGAGUUUAUGAGUGUAACAAAAGGUGCAAGUGCAACAUUAACAUGUGCACCAACCGCCUGGUCCAACACGGGCUCCAAGUCCGACUGCAGUUGUUCAAGACGCAGAACAAGGGCUGGGGCAUUCGCUGCCUCGAUGAUAUCGCUAAAGGCUCUUUUGUCUGCAUCUACGCAGGGAAAAUUCUGACGGAUGACUUUGCUGACAAGGAGGGGUUAGAGAUGGGUGAUGAAUAUUUUGCAAACCUGGAUCACAUUGAGAGCGUGGAGAACUUCAAGGAGGGCUACGAGAGCGAUGCAAAAUGCUCGUCUGACAGCAGCGGGGUGGACCUCAAGGACGAAGAGGAGGAAAACACAGGCACUGAGGAGCAGGAGGAGUCCAACGAGGACAGCUCUGAUGACAACUUCUGCAAGGAUGAGGACUUCAGCACCAGCUUGGUGUGGCGCAGCUACGCCACGCGACGGCAGACCCGGGGCCAGAAGGAGAACGGGCUGUCAGAGACGGCCUCCAAGGACUCGGGGCUCACCCGGCAAAUCAGCCACGAUGAGACGGCAGUGGCUGCCUCCUGCAAGCUGCCGGUGUCAGAGGAGACCUCCAAGAACAAAGUGGCCUCGUGGCUCAGCUCCAACAGCAUGUCUGACGGCUUCCAGGACAACGACAGCGCCUCUUCCUUCAAGCUGAGUGAAGGCAGCGAAGCCAAGGCCACCAAAACAGAGCUUUCUGAUCCAAGCAAACUGCCGGGAUUAAGCGAGUUGGGAAGGAUGUACGGCUACAACCCGAGCCCUCCCAAACUGGAAGGGAUCCGGAGGCCGACGAGCAAGACCGCUCUGCUGCAGAGCAGGCGCCAUUCUCUCGCCACGCAGCCCACCGCCGACGACGUGCUGACCCUGUCAAGCAGCACAGACAGCGACGGGGAGAACGGGCAGGCAGCAGCAGGACAGGCACAGGGCACCACCAACGACAGCGAUGACAUCCAGACCAUUUCCUCGGGCUCUGAGGAGGAGGAAGGGGAAGACAAGAAAAACCCCUCGUCUGGGUCAGGUCCUGUGAAGAGGCAGGUGGCAGUGAAAUCCACCCGUGGCUUCGCCCUGAAAUCAACUCACGGGAUCGCCAUCAAAUCAACCAACAUGGCAGCGGCCGACAAGGGCGAGAGCGCGCCCGUCCGCAGAACCACCCGCCAGUUCUACGAUGGAGAGGAGUCCUGUUAUAUCAUUGACGCCAAACUGGAAGGGAACCUGGGCCGGUACCUCAACCACAGCUGCAGCCCCAACCUCUUCGUGCAGAAUGUUUUUGUGGACACGCACGAUCUUCGCUUCCCCUGGGUCGCCUUUUUCGCCAGCAAGAGGAUACGAGCCGGCACAGAGCUGACCUGGGAUUACAACUAUGAAGUGGGGAGCGUGGAAGGCAAAGAGCUGCUGUGCUGCUGCGGGGCCAUCGAGUGCCGAGGGCGGCUGCUGUGA